GCCAUUCAUUGUGCUGCCUCCCCUGAUGGAGUGGAUACGGGUUGCUGUGGCUCACGCAGGGCACCGUCGCAGUUUCUCGGUGGACAGCGAUGACGUACGGCAGGCAGCGAGGCUCUUACUGCCGGGAGUUGACUGCGAACCUCGACAGUUAAAAAUCGACGACUGUUUUUGUGCGUCUCGAAAACUGGAUGCAGUUGCCACUGAAGCGAAGUUUAAGCAGGACCUCGGUUUCCGGAUGCUCAACUGUGGCCGAACGGAUCUGGUUAAACAAGCCAUUUCCUUGCUGGGGCCGGAUGGGAUUAACAGCAUGAGUGAACAGGGCAUGACUCCACUGAUGUAUGCUUGUGUCAGGGGUGAUGAGGCUAUGGUGCAGAUGCUGCUAGAUGCUGGAGCAGAUCUGAAUGCUGAGGUUGUCAGUACUGCUCAUAAAUACCCAUCCGUCCACCCUGAGACCCGCCAUUGGACAGCUCUGACAUUUGCUGUGUUGCAUGGACAUAUUCCUGUAGUUCAGCUGUUGCUGGAUGCUGGAGCAAAGGUAGAAGGUUCCUUGGAGCAUGGAGAGGAAAAUUACUCUGAAACUCCUUUACAGUUGGCAGCAGCUGCUGGAAAUUUUGAACUGGUCAGUUUGCUGUUGGAGCGAGGAGCUGACCCCAUGAUAGGAACAAUGUACAGGAACGGCAUUUCCAUGACUCCACAAGGUGACAUGAACUCUUUCAGUCAGGCUGCUGCACAUGGACACAGGUAGAGUGGGAACAACCUAGCCACAAAGCUUGCCCAGCCGGAGAAGGAGAAGAGCGAUAUUCUGUCGCUGGAGGAGAUCCUGGCGGAGGGGACAGACUUGCCCGACUCGGCAGCAGCUCCACUCUGCGCCAGCCGCAACAGCAAGGCCAAGCUGAAAGCCCUGAAGGAGGCCAUGUACCACAGCGCCGAGCACGGCUACGUGGAUGUGACCAUUGACAUACGGAGCAUAGGUGUCCCCUGGACACUGCACACGUGGCUGGAGUCCUUGCGCACGUCCUUCCAGCAGCACCGACGACCCCUCAUCCAGUGCUUGCUAAAGGAAUUCAAGUCCAUUCAGGAAGAAGAGUACACAGAGGAGCUCAUCACACAAGGCUUGCCUCUGAUGUUUGAGAUACUGAAAGCCAGCAAGAAUGAAGUGAUCAGCCAGCAGCUCUCUGUCAUCUUCACUCAUUGCUACGGACCCUACCCUAUUCCAAAGCUCGUUGAAAUUAAGCGCAAGCAGACCUCUCGCCUAGAUCCCCAUUUUCUUAACAACAAAGAGAUGUCAGAUGUUACAUUUCUGGUGGAAGGAAGACCAUUUUAUGCACAUAGAGUGUUGCUAUUUACUGCAUCGCCAAGGUUUAAAGCACUGCUGUCUAGCAAGCCCUCAUCUGAUAGUACUUGCAUUGAGAUCAACUAUGUGAAGUACCCCAUCUUUCAGCUGGUUAUGCAGUAUCUUUAUUAUGGAGGUGCAGAGUCACUCCUGAUUAAAAAUAAUGAAAUUAUGGAGCUUCUCUCUGCUGCUAAAUUUUUCCAGCUUGAAGCUUUACAACGACACUGUGAGAUCAUUUGCGCAAAAAGCAUUAAUACAGAAAACUGCGUGGAUAUUUAUAAUCAUGCCAAGUUUCUCGGAGUCACAGAACUAUCUUCCUACUGUGAAGGCUACUUUCUAAAAAAUAUGAUGGUCCUCAUUGAAAACGAAGCUUUCAAACAGCUGUUGUAUGACAAGAACGGAGAAACGUCUGGUCAAAAUGUACUACAGGACUUACAGAGGACGUUGGCCACAAGGAUUCAGUCAAUUCAUUUGUCUUCUUCAAAGGGCUCCAUUGUAUAAAGCUGAGGAAGACGGUAACCCUCUAAUAAAUAUCCUGCAAGUUAAGUCUGCUGUUGCAGUUGCUUAAACCCGUUGCAGUUGCUUAAAUGACUACAAAACCAAAAUAUUGGAAAAUUUUACUUCGCGUCCAAAUAGUUCUGUGUUGGCCAAAAGUGCUGCGCUGGGGCUGCGGCUCCGUUUGGAUGAGGAAAUACAGAAAACAAAGCUCCUCCAUGUUUUUGAGCAAACGGGGUACAAGAGUAUCCAGUGAAUCACUGUUGUUGUACUCAAAUUCUGAACACACACACACACACACACACACGCACACACACAGUCCUGGAGCUCGAUGCCAACAAAAGCCAGAACUCACAUCAGUGAACACCAGAAGCCCCUGCCUGAGCGGUGGUGCCGAGGAACACCCAAAUUGACCGAUUAAUCAUUUACGGUGGUUUUGUUCCAGUGUUACACAUUUAAGAACUCUUAUCUAUCCUGGAGUCCAUUAUCUCGUGCAUUUAAGAAAUGUAAGAACUGUUAUUGCUGUCGAGCAAAGAUCAACUGUAUUAGAGAGUGGGUAAGACUGUUACAGCGGAGGAAAUAUACUGGCAGAUUUUUAGGGGUGGGAACUUUUUAAAUUGUUCAUAAAAAAAUAAUGGGGUGGCCUUGUAGUUUAAAAACUAUUUCUUAAGCUUAAAAUUUCUUUUUCGACAGAGCUGUGUUUGAGAAUCUAUGUAACAUGUUUUGUUUUUUUAAAUGGUAAAAUGUACAUUGUGUAAACAUACAUAUGAUCAAGUUUUGCUUGUAUUCUUUCCUAGGGUGGUAUAAUCUUGCCUAACAGGCUAUGGUUACACCAAAGAGGUACAUUACCCAGACUAUCUCUAAUACAGUAGUUGGGGGGGCAGGAGAACUGCAUGCUACUCGUGAU